CACAGACCCGAUCUUGCAUUUUCGCAUCGACAUUAAAAUGGCAAUAAAAUAAAUCAUUUUUUUUUUCUUUUCGAAAAGAACAAAGAAAAAUGAGAAAAGGAAGAAAAAAGAGAUAGAGGAAUAAUUUAGAGGGAGCCUCGUAUAUAACACCAUUCCCAUCUCUCUCUCUCUCUUUCUCCUCUAUUUCGAUAUUUCUUCUUCUUCUCCUUCUCUCUCCCUUCGUCAUUAUCUCUCUUCUGUAACUUCUCUUUCUUUCCCUCUCUCUCUUUCGCUGCUUCUCUUCUGUAUCUGAUUCCCUUUUUUACGGGAGCUGUAGAUUUGAGUAGUGUAAGCGUCGAUGAAGAAGGUUACAUCGUCUAAGAUUCCGGCCAAGGAUGAUUGGGUGGCUGUAGCGAUAACUGACGACGAUUUGGUCGUUGAGCUUCUUUUACGGCUGAAGCAUGCCGGAACGGUAGUGUCGGAUAAUCCGGCGGUGAUUCUCCCUCCGUUGCGGUGGGGAAUCCGUCAACGACGGUCUCGUUCCUCAAGAUUUGGUGGCGGCGGCGGCGUUCUCGUUUCCUUGAAGAAAGAUGUCGAUUCCGUUAGAGCCAGUCCGAAGACUCCUCUCUCGUGGAGCGGCGGAUCUGGAAGUGGUGGCGGCUCUGCUUCUCCUUCCGCCGAUGGAUUCGAGGAUAACAGUCGCCAAGCUAGCUGCUCUACAUCUACAGGAUCUGGAUCUAAGGUUUUUCCCACAAACGAAAUCACCAGUUGUUUCUCCAAGAGAUUGAAGAAGAGGAAGUCAUCUUUUGAGCUUAAAAAUGAAGAGAACUUGAAGUUGAAGGAGAGACUUGACCUUGAAAAGGAGAUUGCAAGUCUCCGAGCAACAUUCGAUGAACAAAACCUUAGGAACCAAAAGCUGAAGAGGAUUAAGCUUGACUUAAACUCAGGCCGUGUCACAAACAAGAAACCUGUUGAUUUGAUUCGUAAAUCACAACUCGAGCGGCUACAGGGAUCAAAAUCUUGCAAAACCAGUGACUCGCAAAAUCAGGGGAGUUUCUUCGUCCUCCCUGAUCUCAACAUGGCGCCAUCCGAGGAAGAGAUAUUGUACGGAACUAGCUAAAAACUGGCCUAUAUGAAGAUUUGCGAUCGAAUUAUAGUGAAGGGAAGAAGGGAGCUAGAGAUGUCAACUAAGAAAAGUGAAUGUAAUAAGUGGUGUAAUGAAACUCUCCCGUCACAUUCUGGUUUUCCGUUUCCUUCUUUUUUUGGGGUAAAAUGCUCAAUUACUUCUUGAUUUUUUCUUAGGAAGAGGGUGAAAAUUAGGUUUUUACUUUUUACUCCCUCCCUCCCUCCCUCUCUGUUUUCUUUAAUUUGAUGUGUUAGAAGAAAAAAUUUGUUUUAAAUAGAUGGUGUUAUCAAUUUUUAAUGCAAAAUUAACUACUUUUUUUUUUCUUUCUUUCUCUUUGUACCGAUUUAAAAGCUUUUGUUGGAAAUUGUAAAGAGGAAAAAGUAGGACAACUAAUAGACUUUUUAUGUUCCAAACAUUUUCUUC